UUUUUAUUGAUCGUAGAAGUUUACAAAUUUUGGUUUCAUAAACAAAUAAAACCGAUUCAAAUCCCAUUUAACAGCUAGAUUUGAUAAGUUGAUUACCCUAACUGUAUACAGUGCAAGAGGUCUGCAUGGACCACCGAACAAGGAAAAGAAUCCGAGAGGCAAAAUCGAAGGCAAGACCAGAACUAGAAACAGAGAUAAAUGGAUGGCACAGAUUUAAUUAUGCCAAUUCAUUUGAUUGUGGACUACAUACAGUGCAUGACAAUGUAGAUAGAGUUGAUGCACGGUUUGUGUCUAUAGAGGAGUUCAGAGAAAGAUAUGAAAGAACAUACACUCCUUGUGUUAUUGCUAAUGACCAGUUAGAAUGGCCUGCUACAAAAAAAUGGUCAACGCAUAGAUUAUCCAAGAAGUUUAGAAAUCAGAGAUUCAAAUGUGGUGAAGAUGAUGAUGGAUAUUCUGUCAAAUUAAAGAUGAAAUACUUUGCAGAGUAUAUGCAUGACAAUACAGAUGACAGUCCACUGUAUAUAUUUGACAGUGGAUAUGGAGAGCAUCCAAAGAGAAAAAGACUGCUUGGAGAUUAUGAUGUUCCAAAGUAUUUUAAAGAUGAUUUGUUUAGUUAUUCUGGUGAAGGAAGAAGACCUCCAUACAGGUGGUUUGUUAUGGGACCAGCAAGGUCUGGCACUGGCAUUCAUAUAGACCCUUUAGGAACCAGUGCCUGGAAUGCUCUAGUCAAAGGAUAUAAAAGAUGGUGUUUAUUACCCACCAAUACUCCAAAGUAUAUGUUAAAAGCCAAGCGAGAGGAAGGAGGGAAACAGAGAGAUGAAGCUGUAUCCUGGUUUACUUAUGUCUAUCCUAAAAUUAAAUCUCCAUCUUGGCCCAAGGAAUUUGCUCCAUUGGAGAUUCUCCAGGGACCAGGAGAAACUGUAUUUGUACCAGGUGGUUGGUGGCAUGUUGUUGUUAAUUUAGAGGAUACUAUUGCUGUUACACAGAACUAUUGUAGUGUUGUUAACUUUCCAAUUGUAUGGCAUAAAACUGUUCGUGGUCGUCCAAAGUUAUCAAAGAAGUGGUACAAAACAUUAAAGAGGGAGAGACCUGAGGUAGCUGAAGUAGCAGACAAAGUAGAUCUGAAACAACCAACAGGAUUCAAUUCUGAUAGCUCAAGUUCUGGAUCCUCAAGUUCUAGCUCUAGUGAAUGUAGUACAUGUGAAAGUUCUGAUGAUGAAACACAAUCAAAAUCAAGGAAAAGGAAAAGAACUGGAAGUAAUAGGUCACGAUCAAUCACACCAAAUGGCACAGUUCAUGACUCGCUUCGUCGGAGAUCUUACUCGUCAGAUAGCAGUGGAGGGAGUAAAACUACAGGCCGGAGCAUCUCAAGUACACCAAAGAAUUGUAGAUAACAAAGAUACUGUUAUUAUGUACAAAACUUUAUUUAUUUUUGUAUCAAGAGUUAGUGAAAGUUGACAUCAGAAAGGGUUUAAAAUAUUGUAAUAAACUCAAUUGACUCUCAGCUGUUUCAAAAGUAAAUGUUGAAAUCGUUUGUAUAUUGAAAAACAUUCAAAACCAUAGAUAUGUUUCAUAAUGUUUUAAUUUUCUUUUUUGUCAUUUUCAAACAGUGAAUGAGUAAUGAAAGUGUCAUGAAUGGGUAUUUAUUAAUUAAAAUACUGUGGAUUCAUAAUUAUUUGUAAGGUUUUGUGGGUACAGGUGAACCAAUGUUCAACCAAAAACCAAUUUCCAUAAAGUUGUAGCCAGACUUUGGAAGAACCACAAAAUAACAUAUCCAUGCAAAAUGCAAGGUUUCUGCAAUCCACGAAAAAAAUGAAUCCACAGAACAAUCUAUUUCAUGCUUUGAGACACAAUUGGGGAUAGAAAAUUAAAUUUGCAUUCUUAAAGGUUGUUUUUUUCAAAGCUCUCUUGUUGGAUGUUUUGUAAGACUAAAACAAAGGUUUUGUUAUCAUUUACCAUCAAAACUCGCUAUGAUGCUGUAUAACAAGUUGUAAUAGAGAUAACCUCAUUUAUUUUGUUUUAAUAGUUCUCAAGAGAAGGAUCUUUGAGAUUACUUUUUAAUUUUUUUGUAAGCUUUUGUUUUUAAAUAACUGUGUGAAAAUGUUGAAACUGAUAAUGUUUAAAUUAUUUCCUAUAAUUAUGUUACAUACACAGUUAAUAAUUAUGUUGGCAUAUAGACUAUAUUAAAAGUAGUUUUGAAGCAUCUUUCAGGUCACACAUAAUUAUUUUUCAAGGUCAUAGACCCUUCCAUGCAGUAUUCUUUCUUCAAUUUCAUAUUUUGUUGACUUUUAAAACAAACUUCAAUUUGAUUAGCAAUUUUAGAGAGAAAACAAACAUUAUACUUUAAGCAUAUUUUUAAAAGAAUGUGGAUACCAUUGCCUAAAUUUCCAGACAAAUAUUAUUUAAGGAAGCCUGAAUAUAGUUUCAAGCAGAGAGGUUUUAUUCAAAACAUAUUGUCAACAUUGCAGUAUUUUCUAGUUCACAAUAUGUUAUUUCAAUAGAAUUCAUAUUACAUUGAUAAUUCUUAUGUACAUAAAAGUUGUUAGCUUUUGUUCUGUAGAAAAUUUUAUUGCAAGAUUAAUAUUUAUGAUGUGUGGUUGACAUUCAAAGAAGUAUUGUAUACUAUUGAUAGGGCAUAGAUUGUGGGUCUCAUUGGGGUCCAAGCUUGACGCGGGAUUGCCGAUUUUUUGUAAGCGUGACACGUGAAAGUCAAAUUAUUGUGUCGUGAAAACGGGAAAUGAGGUCUUGCGGGACCCGGGAAAUGACAAAAAAAUCAGAAUUGCUUACGUAUAUAGUGUAAGCGGGAUACCGGAAUCUGACAAAAACAGUAAGCGAGAUCCAGGAUCGGAACCCCCAAAUGAGACCCCUUAGAUUUCACAUCUUAGAUAUUUAGUGUUGUCCAUCAUUGUUUAUUCAGAAUCUAUAGCAUUCAGUUAUAUUUCACGCAUUAUGAUUGGUCGCUUGAACAAUAGAUGUUUAGCCAAUAGGGUAACAUUAAUUUAAUUAUGGUUUAUAAAUAAUUGAACUCUGUCUGCUCAUAUUCCUUAAGUUGCUGAAAAAAAGAAAUUUCUUCAAAUGAUAUCUAAUAUUUUGUACCAACAAUAAAGAGGUAAACAAACACAUGAGAUGCACAGUUAUUUUACUAUCAAAUUUUCACAUUGACGAAAAACUCAUUUUUACCCAUCACUUACCCACUGUUUUAACAAAAGAUACAGUCAGGUUCCUGUUAGAAUGAGAAUUACUGACCUGAGGAGUUAAAAUUGACCUAACCAUAGAGCUUUCUUGGUCAUUAGUGAUAUAUUAUCACCAUAAAAUCUCAUAAUGAUCCACAAAAGACUUUAAUUAUACAAUGUCAUCAAAUCAUCAAUUUCAGUUUUGUAACUUUAUACCAGUCAUCUUUGAAAGUAAUUAUUACAAAAAAUGAUGUAAAUAAAAAAGACGAUAGUCAUUUGUAUAUAGGUAUAUGACAGUGAAAAGUCCAGAAUCUCUGCUUUAAUGGAUUUCUAAUCUCUGCUUUAAUGGAUUUCUCCAAUUCUAGUGGUUUGUUAGAAUUUUGAUCUAAACAUUUUAAGAACAAAAUGUUUUUGCUAGGUAUUGAUUCAAAUAUUACAAAACUUACUUAGUAACUGAUAAGAAUUAAAAAUUUCUUAUUCAUUAUGCUUUUUUAAAUAAUGAUCUUUUAUCCAACAUCAAACCAUGCUAACAUAUCAAUAAAGACUUGUUAAUAUUGUAAAUAAAACAUAGAAUAAACAGAAUUUUGUAUGGCUAUUUUAUAUCAUGUCUAAAAUGAACUUCAUCCAAAUCUUUUUUUACGAUUUGUUUUUUUUAAGUCAUUAAUAUUUCAGUAUAUAUUUUGUGAAAACAGCUCCUAGGCCUCAGACACAACUGUCAAGUUCAUAUAUGACCUGAUAUGGAGAAAAAAAACUGAACCUGUUUAUUUUCUUUUUUUUAUUAAUCAACAUGAUAAAUUUUAACCAUCACAUCAUUGAUAAAUUAAUCUAUUUUUUACUUUCAUUUGCAUUGAAUUUUCCUACUUUUCCUACCUUUCAUUACUCAUUUGUUUUCUUUUUCUUUUUUCUUUUGAGAUUGUUCAAAUCUCAUCAAAUACAUUCCCAACUGUUACUUUCUAUAACCCAGAAAUAGGAAUAUAAUAUAAAUAUGAUAAAUUUAAAAACUUAAUUAACUUUUUGGUAGGGCCUUGACCUUACUGACUUUUAGAUAGGGCUUCAACCGUAUUAACUUUUUGGUAGGGCCUUGAACUUAAAUGACUUUUAGAUAGGGCUUCGACGGUAUCAACUUUUUGGUAGGACUUUGGCUUCACUAUGCCUUAUUUUGAUAACAGGAUAACCCAACCCAAGCUAAAGGCAAAGGCUAAGCAAAGAUUCAUCCCAGAUCUGGUAUGAAGAUGACAUUUAAUAUAAAGGUGCUGUUUUUUAAUAAACAUUUGAAAACAGGAUCAGUGAUAACUACUGAAAUUAUUGAGAAGUGCCUUUAAAAAACAAUAUUUAUUCUGAUGCAGACUUCUUAUCAAACAUAUUGUGAAUUUUGUGUUAAAAUGUAUGUUCUUGAUUACACAAUACAACCUGUUUUCAAUAGCUAAAUCAUGUACAAGGUGAACUAUUUUUAUACUGCUAUAAGUGUAGUCAGAUUGUAUUGACCAGACUUUUUGUACAUAUAUUGAUGACAGUUACUGAUUGUAUGUUGAUGUUGAAUUUUAUUCUUAUGUAAACAAAGAGCACCUGUUUGUGGAAUUUUGUGUUUGUGUUUCAUAUUCUGAUUUUCACAGCUUUUGAAUGAAUUUGGACUUGGCCAUACACUGAAUAGGAAAAUUUCCUGUAUCUUUACAUCAUAAAAAUGAAAUGUUUUUCUAAGACAAUUUUAGAUUAUUCUGUAUGUCAUAUAUCUGUUUUACUACAGAAUGAAAGGUCUGCAAAGUCCGUCACAAAUAAUUCUUAGUCUUUUACAAUUUCUCUUAACUACUUGUCAUUUAAGGUCACAAAUGUUUUGCACAUUUUGAUAAUUAAACUGUAAUUCAAAAUAUCUCGUAUUGUUAAAACUGUUCUGUAAAUAAUGAUUUUAUGAUCACAAAACUUGGUACUUUCAAAAUGAUGACUUAUUUUUUGGGGAUAUGGGACACAAUCCUUCAAAGUACUACUGAUUGUCACCUUAAAUUACCUAUUUUAACCCUCUCACCAUACCCCAAAGAUACUGGUUAUUUUCGGCAAUUCAUUUGCUGAUCAUAAUGUGUGGCAAUUAUUCUUUAAACUUGUAAUUUGGGUUUAACAAAAAUUUUAAAACAUUUUGAAUCAUUAAUGCAUAGAACAUUUACUAUUAAAAAAUAUUUAACUGGGUUUUCCAAUGGAAUUGGUUUGUAUGGCUAAUGAUUAGUUAUUUAGGUCCAUGGCUUUAGUUUAGUUCAUGCAAAAUCUUAUGAACUGUUCAAUGAAUGGUUUUAAAUUUCUUUGUAAAUGUUGUAACUGAUGACAAUAUGGAGGGCAAAUCUAAUGUGACCCUUUUCACUUUUGAUGUGUAGAAGUAAUAAUCCAAAAUUAAUUUGAAAAUGGCAAUUAUAAAUUCAUAUAUUACGAACAUUUUGACAGUUACUUUAACUUGUUUUGUUAUUUUUUAGUAUAACAUUGAUUUUGCGGUGAAUUUUAAAAUUGAGGGGGAGGGUUGUGGUAUGUUAGUACAUUUGAUAUUAUGCCACCACAUCUUAUGACUUCAAUAUGCAUACACAUUGUAUUAUUGUAAAGUUUAUCAUAAAAGUACCAUGCACAAAACCUUAGACUACUUUUACUGUGUAAUAGAAGUGUCAAUUAAAACAUGUAAAUUUCUUGUAUAGAUUCCAAGUUUCCUUACUUGUUAGGAGAGUUAUAAAUUAUGUUAAAUAUUAAAAUUGAUAACUUUUGUA